UGUGUGUGUGUGGGUGGUCGGGCGGAAGUGGGAUGCGUUGCCUGGUAACAGAAACGGGAGCGAGGAGGAAAACAGGCCAACCGUCACUCUGAUCAUCUCCAUCUUCAACCGUCAAAAUCAGUGCGGCCUGCGGGGUUAAGAUGUGUCAGUAGUGAACGCUGAGGGUCGUCAUGCCGUGUUCCUGCUCAGAGUGGCGGCGGUGGAUCCGCCCGCUGGUCCUGGUUCUUUAUGCUCUCCUGCUGGUGGCCGUGCUGCCGCUCUGCAUCUGGGAGCUGCAGAAGGACAAGGUCGGGACUCACAGUAAAGCCUGGUUCAUAGCCGGAGUCUUCGUCUUUCUGACUAUCCCCAUCUCACUGUGGGGGAUCCUGCAGCACAUCGUGCACUUCACCCAGCCCGAGCUGCAGAGGCCGAUCAUCAGGAUAUUAUGGAUGGUGCCCAUCUACAGUUUGGAUAGUUGGUUGGCUCUGCGCUAUCCCAGCUUGGCGAUCUACGUGGACACGUGCAGAGAGUGCUACGAGGCCUAUGUCAUCUACAACUUCCUGAUCUUCCUGCUCAACUUCCUCAGUAACCAGUAUCCCAGUUUGGUUCUGAUGCUGGAGGUCCAGCAGCAGCAGCCCCACCUGCCCCCCCUCUGCUGCUGCCCGCCGUGGCCCAUGGGAGAGGUGCUGCUGUUCAGGUGUAAGCUGGGAGUCCUCCAGUACACUGUGGUCAGACCGGUUACCACGGUGAUAGCACUGAUCUGUCAGCUCUGCGGGGUUUACGAUGAAGCCAACUUCAGCUUCAGAAACGCCUGGUCCUACCUCGUCAUCAUCAAUAACAUCUCACAACUGUUUGCCAUGUACUGCCUGGUGCUGCUGUACCGAGCCCUCAAAGAAGAGCUGACUCCCAUCAGGCCUGUGGGAAAGUUCCUCUGCGUCAAACUGGUGGUGUUCGUCUCCUUCUGGCAGGCCGUCUUGAUAGCGUUCCUGGUGAAAGUGGGCGUCAUCUCCGAUAAACACACCUGGGACUGGGACAGUGUGGAGGCCGUGGCUACUGGACUGCAGGACUUCAUCAUCUGCAUAGAGAUGUUCCUGGCUGCCAUCGCUCACCACUACACCUUCACCUACAAACCAUACGUACAGGAAGCAGAAGAGGGGUCGUGUUUCGACAGCUUCCUGGCCAUGUGGGAUUUCUCUGACAUCAGAGCUGAUGUCACAGAGCAGGUCCGCCAUGCUGGUCGUACCUUCCUGGGUCGUCCCAACAAGAUGUACUUUGGUGCCGCGGCUCGACCCGAACACACGGAGCACACCGGCCUCCUCACAGCGACCUCUCAGGACGCCAUCGCCGCGGCCGCCACAUCGAUGCCCUCCUCCCCUUCCUCGAGCGGGCGGUACCAAGGCCUCGGCCACACCUCCGCGCCGCACUCCAUCUCCGCCCCCGCAGGGUUCACCUCCUCGUCGUGGGAGGACGACAGCGACGCCUCGCCACCCAAGGGCGCUGACAACCCUGGAAACACAUAAUCAGGAGGAGCUUUAACUUUCUCUUUAUGUGCUUUAUGGAUACAGACAAAAACACUCACAGAUUAAAAGUCAGAAUAAAAUGUAUCAACGUGAACGCCCGUCUCCUAUUUGUGAAUAAGAAGUUAUUUAUGGAUGGAUUUAAUCAGGACUCAUCAAGAGGACGUGUUUUCACUCUGAUGUCAAAGCCAUGCUUGUUGAGGAAGACAUUUUGAAAAGUGUUGCACAGGUUUAAAUGUUUGAAAUCUGUGUUUUGAAGUCUGAUGAUGUCAUUUGUUUUGAUACAUGUUUUCUCUGGCUGUUGAAAUGAAAUAAUGUUCGAUGUUUUCAGGAGCAGAAACAGCUUGUUGGUUUCACCUUAAUGCCACAGAGCUCAUGUGUGCUUGGUCCCAAUCUUAAUAUUUAUUGUAAUAAAUAAAUAUACCCAGUCUUAGUCACCAGUAA